AUGUUUACUCCAUUUAGAGGGCUUGGGGGCAACCCAAAAUUUAUGAGACUCUACUGCUAUCUAGGGCCAUUGAAGAAAGGAUUUAAGGAUGAUUUGAGGUCAUUGAUAGCAUUGGAUGGGUGUCAUUUGAAGGGGACUUAUAGAGGGCAGUUAUUGACUGCCAUUGCAGCUGACCCUAAUAAUGGGUGGUGGCCCAUUGCCUGGGCAGUUGUAGAGAGAGAAGCUACGGAGCAGUGGGUGUGGUUCUUGAAAUACCUCAGUGAUGAUUUGGAAAUUGAAAAUCAAUUUCAUUAUACCUUUAUUUCUGACCAACAAAAGGGGUUGGAUAGAGCAUUAGCUGAAGUUCUUCCAAAUUGUGAGCAUAGGUAUUGUGUCCAACACAUGUAUCGAAACUUCAAGAAGAAACAUCCAAGUUUGCCUCUUAAGGAUAGGCUGUGGAACAUUGCCAACAGCACAACAGAGGAACUCUACAAUAAAGCAAUGGCAGAACUCAAAGAUUUUGAUAACGAGACAUAUCAGUGGGUAAAAAAUGGUCCAACUCCUCGGCAUUGGUGCAAGGCCUUCUUUCCGACUCAUACAAAGAGUGACAUGCUGGUCAAUGACUUGGGUGGGUCUUUUAAUGCACAUAUUCUUGAGGCUAGAGACCAGCCAAUUAUAACAAUGCUGGAAAUGAUCAGGGAGUACCUUAUGGAUAGGAUCCGGAAGAGAAAAUCAGCAAUGGAAAGAUAUGAUUGCCCAACUGGACCUCUAAUCAACAAAAUUAUUGAAAAUAGGGUAAAAAUUGUAAGUCAGUGGAUGCCUAUUUGGAAUGCAAUGCAUAGCUACCAGGUAAAAGGACCAAGAGGGGCCCAAUUUGCCGUAGAUAUGGAGAAAAAGAAUUGCAGUUGCAGGUUAUGGGAGGUUAGUGGCAUUCCAUGUUGUCACGCCAUUACUGCCAUUCUUUUGAGGAAUGAAGACCCACGGCAGUACUUGAAUGUUUGUUAUAGAAGGGGGCUAUUCUUGAAACUUUAUGAAAAUGUGUUACAACCAAUUAGUGGUGAGAAUCAUUGGCCCCCAUCAACAAUGCCUGAAUUGGAGCCCCCGGUAUCAGUAACUCAACCUGGAAAGCCUAGAAAGGCUAGAAGAAGGGACACAACUGAAGGCAAGAAUCACGGUAGAAGACUAAGAAGAAGGAUCAUUAUUCAUUGUCGAAAAUGUGGGGCGGCUGGUCAUAAUGCAGCAACAUGCAAGCAGCCAACCAAUGAACAAUGGCAGCAAGACACUUCAAAUGAACUUGUGACGCAGCAAUCAAGUGCAAGAAGGAGGAGACAGACAGUUAUGCAGUCAGAAAUACCACAGCAACAACAGGUUGAUGAAGCUGCGCAUGAGCAGCCACAACAGCAACCAGGCCAGCAACAACCACAUGAAAUCCAUGAUCAUGAACCUGGGCACCACCAACCACAACAACAGCAACAAACAUCUACCCCAAGCUCGAGUGAAAGGGCUUGUCCACCAAUCCGUAGCAGGAAAACUUCAACUAGGAAACCACUCACUGAUGCAGAAAAAGGAGCCAUAAAUGCUAACUAUGCAUAUUUGGGUAAGGAGCCACCGUACACAAUUGGUUCUUGGAGAGGAAAGUGGAGUGGAAGAGGUAGAGGGAGAGGAAGACAAACCACAAAAGACAAGGGACGGGGAAGAGCUAAUUAA